GUGGGGCUGUAUAAAACCACAGGAGCACAAACCACGCUUUAUCCUGCCAGUGUGUCCCGCGCAGUAGACGUUCAGUCACAGGAAACCCCUUAACCCACCCAGCACUCUGCACACGCUCACACACACUGCUGCAGCCCACUCACAAAGGAGGAUGGCCACGAGGAGAAUGAAUGAGAUGUGGAGAAGGAUGGCUUUGGAUUUGGUGCUGUGUGUUCUGCUCUUCCACAGUUGCCUGGGACAGGAUACAUCUACAGCAAGCUCUGUUAUUAUUACUAUUACAAACACAAUGAUUACAAACCCAACGACUGCCCCAGCUACUAAUGCUGCUAACACCCCAGCUGACACUACUAUCUCUGAUGCGCCUAAGGACACCGAAGCAUCUCAAACAGUUGCACCUGUAACUGUCAAGGACACUGUAAGCAGCCGAGCUACAGACCAGGCCACCAUAGCAGCACCCUCUGGACACAGUCUUAAUUCUGUCACUGACAAGGGCGAAACAGAACUUCUAACAUUCCUUGCAGGCUUUGAAAAAACUGCCAUUGUGGUCAUGACCUCUAAGCCAGAAACAACAGUAGUGGAGUGUGUGGAAAAGGAGGCAGUACAGGACAGGAACGCUGUGAUAGUUGAGUUGCAGACCCCUUCCAGCUGUGAUGACACAAAGAACAAAAUAAAGGCCCAAAUUCAUCAAUUAUGCCCCACAACGAACUGCACCUUUGAAAUCUUCCAGGAGGAAAACUCCAAAGAUGUGAUUGUAACUGGAUCAAUGAGUGAAGAUGAUGUCACUGAAAUGGUUGGUAGCAUUGCUAAUAUCGAAGAUCUGGGAGUGGCAAAUGCCUCGGUCAGGGAACAGAACGAACAGCCGCCAAAGAAAGAGUCACCUGCUGUGCUUGUGUCCCUGCUAGUGGCUGGCUUAGCAUUGGCUGCUGGGCUUAUAGGAGGAUACGUGUGGAAGAACCGUCGCUCCAAAGCAAAGGGCAUGAAACUGGCUGAGGAGUCCAUGAUGCCUGAUGAAGAGAACCAGGGCAACACUUUGGUAUCUGUGGCCCCUCUGAACCCCCCAGAGCCCCAGGAGAAGCCUAGCCUGAAUGGAGAGUCCCCAGAAGCUGUGAAGACCCAGAAUCCCCCUGCAGCUACCAACGGUCACUCCGCCACGAAGACAGCAGACACUGAGCUGUGAGAGCCAUUCAGUACUGUACGCCCUGGGUUAAAGCCCAUCAUCCCAGGCCCCCUUAACCUCAACCCUGUUCUGUAGACCUGACCAACAAGGGACACCAGGGAACUACCACAGCCAAUGCUCCAUCUCCCGUAUUUUCCUUUAUUUUUACCAAUGCAAUUAGCAAACACUGGGGGCCGAGCUAAUUUGUAAAGAUGAUGGUGAUGAUGGUUCUGAUAUGUAGUUUAAAAAUAUGUUGUAAGAUUAGGCCUAAACUAAAAUUCUCAACUGUAAAAAUGACAAUCUCAUACUUUAUGGUGUUAAGUUGCAAGGCAACAAUGAUGAUGAUGAUGAUGAUGGUAAUGCUGAUAUUUUGGUCGGUUCAUAGGAUUGAAUCAGGGCGACAACCAAAUCUUUUAUGCAUAUUUCCAGUUGAUAAAUGCCAUGUAAAGAAUGUGUAAGUUUGUGGUAAUAUGCUGAUCAAGUAAUGAUGGUGCUGGUAAUUUUGGUAUUAAAUAAUGAAAUGACGGUCCUUUAUAAUGUGAAGAACAUGAGAGGUGUGGCCCCCUGAGCUGAUGUUAAAUACUAGCCUGGGUGGAGGACCUUCCACAUGAUCCAUUGCUGGCUCCCAUGACUGCAGUCAGAGUUGGCCUGGGUUUAUCCCCGCUUGUGUCUCAAAGCUUCACAGCUUCCCUCUGAAACCUUCCACAUGGCUCCCUGUCCGAGAACACAUCAUUCCUCUGAUCAUUCUAAAUUACAUGAUGAAGAAAUGCUCAAAAUGGUAUAUAUGGGCUUUAUGUUUCCUCUGAAUGUGUGUGUGUGAGUGUUUACCUCCAUAUGGGUGUGAAAAUGUAUUGAUUUGAAAGCGAUCAUUGAUUUUGGAAUGCUAUUACCAAGUGUGAGCUAUUUUUUUGGCCAAAGUAAAAAGCUUAGGCAAUUUUCAGAUGUAAAAAUCCCAAAAUGUUUAGUGUAAUGAAAUUUACCUGCAUUGUUUAUCACACUGUAAAAAUGUUUAGCUUGCAUAAAAAGGCAGUUAUUCUGUAGUCAAAACUAAAAUAAAUAUUUAGUUGAGCUACCAUAACAAUCUGUAUUGCAGUAAGAUCUACAAGUCAAAACUCUGGAUUUUUUUAACAUAGUGUUAGGAGUCUUGCCCAAGGACCUACCCACACAGGGUCUCAUAUGUAGGGUACCAACCCCUGCCUAACUACAAAGACAACAAUUUACAUAAUUAUAUAAUUUAAUGCAGGGCAUGUAGGUUAUACUGUAUGUGCUAAAUGCAGCUAUUGGUGCGACAAGAUGUUGCAAGGAAUUUCCUGUUGGUGUUCAAAAAUAAAAUAUUUAAUCUAAUACAUUUACAGUAAAAGUGCAUAUCUAUACAUUUGACUCAACUCAGGUGGAUAUCUUUUUUUCAGAGGAAACUGGAAUGAAUUCAUUAGAUUUAAAUGCACCAAAUGUAAGAUUUGGGAAUUUUCGAGACCUUUCUGGUUGAAAUGUGUAAUUGCACGCAACAGUGUGGAAAAACAUUAUGUAGUAAACUUGCUGAAGAACAUGUCUUCCAAGAAUGUAAGUGAAUGAUCUACUAUUGUUAUCAUAUUGGUAUAAUGCUGAUUUUAAUUAGAGACCUAAACCUUAAGCCUUCCUGUGUGUGUGACAUUAAUACCUAAAGACGCAUGACGUGAUCUGAAAAAUUCCUGCGAAAUCCGACCCGACAGCUCUGACUUUUCAACUACGUCAGGCUUUACAGAGUUUUUAUUUUCUCCUGACUCAGUAAUGCUACUUCUUUCAAUUUGAACAAAAAUCUUGCAUAGUGCUGCUUCAAGAAAGAAAUCUUAGCAUCAUUGCUCUGCAUUUUUGUGUUUUGUUUUUUUUUGUAGUAUAAAGAAUCGUGAUCAAAUCGAAUCGCUGUGAGAUUCACACCCCUAGUGUGCAUGUGUUUGAAUGCAUCCAUGUUGAAAGGUUGAUGCGUGUGUGUAUCAGUUGGUGUGAUAUUUUGAGAGCUUUGCUGUAAGUAUGCAUGUGAACAGUCUGCUCGGACUAGAAAAUUGUCAUGUACAAGUUUUUGUUUGAAUGACAAUGUGAUGACUUGAGGAGUUAAGGUCUUACAUGUUGCUGGACCUCAGUGAACAACAAAGAACUCUUUUUUCAUCACUGCAAACCACCAGAUAACUCCAAAAACUGCCAAAUCCCAUACAACCACCAGCCCUGAGGUGACACUUAAAAGAUCUCCUUUUCAAUGGACCAAGAGACCAUUUGGAAACAUGUAUUUGCUUUAUCUUUGUAAACCAGUAUUAUGCUCUUUUGUAAUAUCUGUGUAAUUUGCAUAGUCGUUUAGAUAUAGCAGUUAUCUUGAAACUCGUCCUAGUCUUGCUGUUUCAAUGCAUUUCUUCCAUUCAUACUUACAUUUGUAGAUCAGACAUCAGCCAAAGCAAAACUUGAGCAGGACAAAAACUGCACUGAAAGAAGUGAUGCGUUGAAUUUGCUUGUUGGAAAUGUGUAGAUUUUAAAGUAAAAUGCAUUACAUCAAUGCAAAUUUGUCUUUCAGUUUAUUUACUUCUGGCAAUCAUUGUGUUAAUGUAAUAUAUUUUAUUCAUUAUGUCUGAAGUAUAUUCAAAUGUAUUACUUUUUUCAGUGCAACUGUUUAUGUGUACAUAGACUACCACAGCAAUAGGCACAGUACUGUAAAGGUAACAGACUCUCUUAGCUUGGCAGCCAUAAUAUGUCAUCUGGUUUUCUCUUCAGAUCAGCCCAUUUCUGGAAAACAAAGUAAUCACACAUGCACGAGCAAGUUACAUACUUUCUUUUGCAUUUUUUUUUCACGUGGUUUGUUUAUUUACACUCCAUCUUAACAUUUCAUUGUUCAGGGAGGGUGGUCUGUGUACUAGAAUUGUAUUAAACUGAUAACUGUGUUUUUGAUGUAAGUUUGAGAUAUGAAUAAAGUUUUGGAAAGUACAUGUA